AUGGCCGAGUAUGAAGCCUACAUAUUGGGGCUAGAAGAAGCGAUUGAAUUAAAGAUCAAGGCACUUGAGGUAUUCGGAGACUCCGCUCUAGUGAUACAGCAGAUCAUAGGUGAUUGGGAAAUAAGACAUGCUAACCUAAUCCCAUAUCGGGAUUACGUGCUAAAGUUACUUCCAAAAUUUGACAAAAUCACUUUUUCCCAUAUUCCUCGGGAGGAGAAUCAGAUGGAAAAUGCUCUAGGAACCUUGGCUUCCAUGUAUAAGUUAAUAUGGCCUAACCAUCAACCUAAUAUUGAAAUCAGGCAUUUUGACGAACCUACGCAUUGUCUAACCAUGGCAGAAGAGUCGGGUGAUAAACCCUGGUUCUUUGACAUCAAACAGUAUAUAGAGAAGCAAGAAUACCCGGCAAAGGCUUCCAUCCUUGAUAACAGGACUAUACGGAGGUUGGCGUCGAAGUUCUUCUUGAAUGGGGAUGUAUUAUACAAGCGGAAUUAUGACAUGGUUUUGUUAAGGUGUGUGGACAAACAUGAAGCUAAUAAGCUUAUGAAGGAAAUACACGAAGGAUCUUUCGGCACACGUGCGAAUGCACAUGCCAUGGCGAAGAAGAUCCUGAGGGUCGGUUACUACUAG